CUGAGGGAUAUUUUCAUGGCUUCUUGUCCAUCGGGAUCGAGACAGUAACCAGUGCCUGCCAUUAUGGUCCUCUUGACAAAGGGGGACAACAUCUGGGUGGACUCCGAUAUCGGGGUUGCCAUUGGAGCGAAGGUCAAGAAAGUGAACGGAGACAGGUGCACUGUGGUUGAUGACACAGGGAAGGAGCGUGAGCUGGGCCACCAGAAUGGCAGCGGGGUGAGUCUGAUGCACCCCACCUCAGUGGAGGGGGUGGCGGACAUGAUCAGGCUGGGGGACCUGAACGAAGCGGGCAUACUACGCAACCUCCAGCUCAGACACAAACAAGGACACAUCUAUACGUACAUAGGCUCUGUGUUGGUGGCCGUGAACCCGUACGAGCUGCUGCCCAUCUACAAUGCGGAGCAGGUGCACCGUUACCACGGCCGCCAGUUGGGCGAGCUGCCCCCCCACGUCUUCGCCAUCGCCGAUGCCUGCUACUUCAACAUGCGACGCAACCACUGCAACCAGUGCUGCAUCAUCAGUGGAGAGUCAGGAGCGGGUAAGACAGAGAGCACCAAGUUGAUGCUUCAGUUCCUGGCGGCUGUGAGUGGCCAACACUCUUGGAUAGAACAACAGAUACUGGAGGCCAACCCUAUACUAGAGGCCUUUGGCAAUGCCAAGACCAUCCGCAACGACAACUCCAGCCGCUUCGGCAAGUACGUGGAGAUCUUCUUCAACAACAAGGGCAUCAUCUCGGGAGCUCACAUGGAGCAGUAUCUCCUGGAGAAGUCGCGCGUCUGCCACCAGGCAUCUAACGAGCGCAACUACCACAUCUUCUACUGUCUGCUGAUGGGCCUGCCUCAGGAAAAGAAGAAGAUCCUCUCCCUGGGCAAGGCAGAGGACUACAACUACCUUAAUGGGAGUGGCUGUAUUACCUGUGAGGGUAGGGAGGACGCAGCUGACUUCACGCGCAUCCGGUCAGCGUUAAAGAUCCUCACGUUUGGAGAUGGAGACUGCUGGGACAUCUUCAAGAUGCUUGCUGCCAUCCUACACAUGGGCAAUAUAGACUUCCAGGGCUCCAUACUGAACAACAUGGACAGCAGUGACAUCACCGCCUCCCCACACUUCAACAUGGCCGCAACAUUGCUAGAGGUUGACACUGGCACUCUAGACGCCAGUCUGACCAGGAGAACAUUUCUCACCAAUCGGGAGCGAGUCUCUAAACCUCUCAGUUCCGAAAAAGCCAGAGAUACCAGGGAUGCCUUUGCCAAGGCCAUUUACUCCAAGAUGUUCCUGUGGCUAUUUGAGAAGAUCAACGUGGCUAUCCAUAAGAAGCCAGAGUUGGGGGCACACCCCAACCCCACCUACCAGUCAAUCGGCCUCCUCGACAUCUUUGGCUUCGAGAAUUUCCAAAGCAACAGCUUCGAGCAGCUGUGCAUCAACUUUGCUAACGAGCAGCUGCAGCAGUUCUUCGUGCGCCAUGUCUUUAAGCUGGAGCAGGAGGAGUACAACAGGGAGGAUAUCUCCUGGAAGCGCAUCGUCUUCACCGACAACCAACCCACACUCGACCUGCUGGCCAUCAAGCCGCUCAACAUCCUGGCACUCAUAGACGAGGAGAGCAACUUCCCCAAGGGCACAGACGUCACCAUGCUGACCAAGAUCAACCAGAACCACAGGUCCAACGGCAUUUACAUCUCCCCCAAGAGUGACCAUGAUGUCUACUUCGGCAUCAAGCACUUUGCAGGCCCUGUGUACUACGACCCAUCUGGGUUCCUGGAGAAGAACAGAGAUGCCCUGAGCCCUGACCUGAUGGACUUGGUGCAGAAGUCCAAGAGUAAGCUGCUGAGGCUGCUCUUUGACAAGGAGCUCAACGUCAACGCCAUGAAGCCCACCAACAACAGCAAGUUCAUCAUGACACCCAAGAGCUCCCUGAAGCAAGUGAAUGAGAAGUGCAGGGGGAUCACCACUCUCAGCUCCCAGUUCCGCCAGUCUCUGGACUCCCUGAUGAAGGCUCUGACUAUCUGCCAGCCACACUUCAUACGCUGCUUCAAACCCAACCACAGCAAGGCAGCUAAGCUGUUUGACCGGGAGCUGUGUAUCCGUCAGCUGCGGGAUUCUGGGAUGCUGGAGACGAUCCGCAUCAGGAAGUCUGGCUUCCCCAUCCGCCACACCUUCCGGGAGUUCCUGGGACGCUACCGCGUGCUGCUCAACACCAUCCACUGUGACCCCAAUACCGAGUCUGAUCAGGACUGCUGCAAUGCGAUCUGCAAAGCCAUAAUUAGGCAAGAGGAAGACUGGAGGAUCGGCAAGACCAAGAUCUUCCUCAAGGACAACCAUGACUCCUUAUUAGAGCGUGAGAGAGAGCGGGAGCUGCACAGAAAGGCCACCAUUAUUACAAGAGUAAUGCUCGGACACAAAGACCGACGGACCUUUCUGAAGAAGAAGAAGGCCGCACUAUUAGCGCAGAAGCUGUGGCGUGGCCAAAAGGAUCGCAAGGUGUACAAACAGCUGCUGUUGGGCGUGACGCGUCUGCAGGCAAAGGUGCGUAGUCGACGUGCGCACCAGGACUACAAGCGCAGUCGGAAGGCCGCCGUGGUGCUGCAGGCGCAGGCGCGAGGCCUCCUCGGCAGACGGCAGUUUACACGCCAGAGAGACGCCGCCAUCUUGCUGCAGAAACACGCCAGGGGUCUGCUCGCCAGGAAGAAGGUCAACCGACUCAGGACAGCUGCUCUCUUGUCAGCCCAGGAGAAGCUGGAACAGGAGCAGAUGGCCCUUGAGCUUCAGCGCAAACUAGAGGAGGUCCUCAAGCCAAAGCCCGAACCAAUCAGCGAAGAGGACGCGGUGCAGAGCGCGUUUGGCUUCCUUGGUCCCGCACCAGACAGCGUGGAUGAAUCCGAGGCCGAACCUGAGAUUGAUAAGAGUUUUAAGGCACGGAGCGUGAAGAAGAAAGAUGACGUGAUCAUCACCUACUCGGUGGUGGAUCCAGUUAAAGAGGAAGAGGACGAUGAGGACGAAGAGUUCUCCUUCUCUCGCUUCUGCUCGCUCAAGUUCCAGGGGUCCGCCACGGACUCCCACAUCAAGCUCCGGCUCAAGCAGCCAUUGCUGGUUCACGAUGACGAGGGGGAUGCGCUGGCGUGUUUGAGUGUGUGGUGGAUCAUCUUGAGGUUCAUGGGUGACCUGCCCGACCCCAAAGCAGCCGUGCCCACCGUAUCACCCACCGGCUCGACCGCUCACCACAGGGUGAGGCAGGACCGGCGCCUCAGCAACCUGGUGGGCCUGGACCAGAAAAUGCUUAGAAAGAACAAGAAGAAGCUGAACAAACUGGCCAAUCGCAGGACAUCAGCUAUACCUGAGGAGCCGGAAUUGCCCUCCACAUCUCAGGACAAUGAUGUUACCGAUGGCAACGACAUUAUGAUUGGAGAGGGCCCGACGCUGCAUCGUCCAAUGACGUCACUGGAGAAGAUCCACAUCAUCGUUGGCUACGCCCUCUCCAGACCUGACAUCCGGGACGAGAUCUUUUGUCAGAUCUGUAAGCAGUUGACGGGCAACAGCAAUGCCAGCAGCAGUAAGAAGGGCUGGAUACUCAUGUCCAUAUGUCUGGGCAUCUUUCCUCCUACACAAGACUUCAUGAGGUACCUAAGGAACUUUAUCCGCCGUGGGCCUGCUGACGAUUCCUCCUACUGUAUGGAGCGCCUGCUGCGCACUGUAGCCAACGGGGCACGCCAGGAGCUGGCCUGCUGGCUCGAGAUGGACGCGUGCCGCAGCAAGAAGCCGGUGAAGGUGAAGCUGUCUCUUCCUGAUGGGCGGAGCCUGACCCUGCAGGUGGACUCGGCCAGCAUCUCCUCGGAGAUCUGCAGUGCCGUCGCCAAGGCAACCGGCAUCCGUGACGACUAUGGCUUCUCCCUCUACAUGGCCAUGCAUGACAAAAUGUGGUCUCUGGGCAACCAGGGCGAGCACCUGAUGGACGCGAUCGCUCAGUGUGAGCAGGAGGUGCGUCGUCAGGGUAACGAGGAGCACACAGCCCCCUAUAAGCUGUCCUUCCGCAAGGAGCUGUUCGCCCCCUGGCCCUGCCCGCCCGACCCCGCUGCCACCAGCCUCACCUACAGACAGGUCAUCAGCGGCCUCCAGUCUGGAGACUACAUGUCUGAAAAGGAAGAUGACUUUGUGCAGCUGGCUGCCAUGCACUACUUUGUCAAGUUUGGUUCAGCUUGCAGCCCGGACAACACCAGGCAGGUGGUGAGGGAGGUCAUCAACACCACCCUCAUAGAGAACAAGUCAGAGCAGCGCUGGAUACAGAUAGUCACCACUGCUCACACUAAGGGGUCUUAUAUAAAUUCCCAGAAGAGCACUGAGACGGUGCAGCAGGAGGUGGUGGACUAUGUUAGGCGGACAUGGCCAAUAUUUUUCUCCCGCUUCUUCGAGAUCACCUACCUAUCAGGUCCGCCUCUACCCCAGGAUAAGCUGAUUCUAGCGGUGGACUGGAGCGGACUUUCUUUCUUUGAGACAAAAGAGAAGAUCUGUAUGGAGCUGCCAUAUGCAGAGUUACAAGACGUCAUAAUCAGUAGGAAUCAGGCUGGCCCGAUUGGUGCCAUGAUCUCGCUGUCCACUCUGAGGGGGGAGAUCAUCAUGGAGGUUCAGAAGGGGGAGGAGCUUGUGGAGAUGGUGGGCGGGUUCUUGGAGGGGCUGAGGCAACGUUCCCUCUAUGCUGUCGCUCACCGCGAUGCUAAUAAACAAGAUGACCCUGACUUCCUUGUGUAUCGCCGUGGCGAUUUGCUUGAGCUGCAUCGAGAUAGGAACUUCUCAGAAGACGACCGCUGGAUACACGCAACCAACGAGAGGACAAGUCAAAGUGGAGCCGUUUCCACGGAUGCCAUCAUCAUCCUCCCCACGGUCACAAGGCCCACAGAAGACACACUGAACCGGCUGAAUUUGAACCCAACAGAGAAGAGGUACAAAUCCAAAGAUGAACCCAUCACGGAUAGAAUCACUCUGAUCAACCUCAAGGAGUUCUCCUUCGAGUACUUCAGAGAACCCUCUAAAGGUGUGAAGGGGGCCGCGAAGGAGAAGCUGUGGGCCAAUAGUAGAGAGCCCCUCAAGCAUCCACUGCUGAAGAGCCUGGCAGGCAACUCCCAGCUCAGCAACCUUGCUGUGCAGAUCUUCACUGCUAUCAUGAAGUACAUGGGAGACUACCCGAUUAAGCAGGCGCGCAGCCCUCUGGACCUGACAGACCAGAUCUUCUCGUAUGCGGCUCAGAACCCAGAUCACCCCGAACUCCGAGACGAGAUAUACUGCCAGAUCAUGAAGCAGCUGACCAACAAUAACAACAGUGUAAGUCUGGAGCGUGGUUGGCAGUUGCUGUGGCUGUGCUGCAGUCUGUAUCCACCUACCGACUCUCUCCUGAGACACACACAGCGCUUCAUAGAGUCGCGACCCAGAGAACCCCUCUCUGCCACCUGCCUACAGCGACUCAGAGCCAUGUUGAGCCAGUCUCCUAGGACGAUGCCCCCUCACCAGGUGGAGGUGGAUGCCAUUCAACAGAACAGCACACAGAUCUACCACAAAGUCCACUUCCCCAACGACACCACUGAGUUAUAUGAGGUGACCCACACCACUAAGAACAGUGACCUGUGUCGGCAAAUUGCCUCUGGCCUCCGGCUUGCCUCCAGUGAUGGAUACAGCCUCUUCAUUAAGACUACCACCAAGAUGGUGAGUUUAGAGGAUCAGGAAUACUUCUUUGACACCCUGAGGAAGAAGACUGACGUCAGCAAAAAAGAGAAGAAGGACAAGAAGGGAAACCAAGGUGUGCAGCUUGGUAGUGCUCCAUAUCUCGUGCUGUUUCUCAGAAAGCUUUGGUUCAACGUCGUCCCGGGGAAAGACGUCACAGCUGAUACUUACUUCCACUUCCCGCAGGAGGUGCCCAAAUACCUGCGUGGAUACCACCGCUGCACCAAGGAGGACAUGAUCAGUCUGGCGGGGCUUCUCUUCCGGGUCAAAGUUGACUCGGACCGCUCCCAGUUUGUCAUGAUCCCCAGGAUGCUGAAGGACCUGGUCCCCGCCGACCAGAUGAAGCUCAUGUCCCCAGAGGACUGGAAGAAGCACAUCAUGUCGUCCUACAAUAAGCAGUCUGGCAUCUCGGUGGAGGAGGCCAAGGUCAGCUUUCUCAGACACAUCUCCGCCUGGCCCACCUUUGGAGCCACCUUCUUCGAGGUUAAGCAAACAUCGGACCGCAAGCUCCCCAGCGUCAUCAGAAUCGGCAUUAACAAGCUGGGUGUUGCCAUCAUCGACCCAAGAAGCAAGGAGGAGCGGGCGAUGUACUCGUUUAGCCAGAUCACCAACUGGUCCAGUGGUAAUACAUACUUCCACCUGACGCUGGGAAACAUGGUCAAGGGGAACACACUACUCUGCGAAACCUCUAUGGGCUACAGAAUGGAUGAUCUUCUGGAGUCUUAUGUGCAGAUGUACAUGGCCGAGAGGCAGUGGAAUAAACCCAGGGCCUCAAUCUUCCCUACAUCCUAACUACACAAAUAAGCAUGCACCAACACGCAC